AUGUUCAGCAUAACCAUUCACUGUUCAACUCUAUUCCUUAGUUCCACAAAGCUAGCUAGCUAUCUAUCUCAUUCUGUUCAUCUAUCUAUCUAUCUAUCUCAAUCUGUUCAUCUAUCUAUCUAUCUAUCUAUCUAUCUGUUCAUGUAUCUAUCUAUCUAUCUAUCUCAUUCUGUUCAUCUAUGUAUCUACUUUUCUCUCUCUCUCUCUCUCUCUCUCUCUCUCUCUCUCUCUCUUCUUUCUCGCCUAAUUUUCAACCCCGCUUCACUAUCGCUUACUUUCUUUCUCCACAGUUUUUAUCGUUUUCUUUUUUUCUUUUUCUUUCUCUUUCUCUUUCUCUCUCUUAUCUUCAUUUUUUCAUUCUCUCUCCCAUGCUUUUCACACUCAUUCGCUUGCUUUUUUCUUCAUCCUCACUUUUCUGACGCAAUCUUUCUUUUCUUUCAUCAUUUUAUUUUAUCUCUCUCUCGCUCCCUCACUGUCUCUUCCCACUUUCCUUCAUUUUCUCCCCCCAUUUUUCUUUGCUCUGUUUUUUUUUUAUUGUUUUUCUCUUUUUUCCUUUCUUUUUAUUCUUUCCUCCUUUUUUCUUUGCUUCUACCUCUCUUUCUUUCUUUUUUUCUUUCUUUCUUCUCUUUUUGUCCUCUACAUCAUCCCUUUUCCUUUUCUUCCCUUUCAAUCUCCACUUCGAAAGCAUUUUCUCUGUUCACUGUGUUUCCCCGUUUUAAUAUUUUUCUCGUUCUUCUGCUAUUCUCUCUAUCUCUUUCUGUUUCCCGCUCUCUUUUUGUCUCACUUUCUCUUUCUUUUAGUCUCUCUCUCUCCCUCUCUCUCACUCUCUCCCUCUCUCUCACUCUCUCUCUCUCUCUUUCUCUCUCUCUACCCCAAAUAAUCACAUUUCACUCUCUCUUUAUUCUUGUAUCUAUUUCCCUCUCUUUUCCUAUUUUGUUUUGUUUUUCUGUCUUUCUUCUCUUUUCUUACUCUACUCCUCUUUCACUCACUUUAUCUUUUCAUUUCCUUUUCUUUUUCUUUUUUCUUUCAUUUCCUUUUUCUAUUUUCUUCUCUUUUUUCUUUCAUUUCCUUUUUCUAUUUUCUUUUUCUUUUUUCUUUCAUUUCCUUUUUCUAUUUUCUUCUCUUUUCUUUCAUUUUCUUUUUCUAUCUUCGCUGUCUUUGUUUCCAUAUUUUCUCUUUCUACCCCACUUUAUUUCUUCCUUUUUCUUCUUUUUUCCUUGCUUCCCACUUUCAAUCACUCUACCUCUCGCCAUCUUUUGUCUCCCCAUUCUCACUUUGUGCUUCAUUUCUCUCUAUUUCUCUCUCUCUCUUUUCAUCUCUUUUCACGCUAUUACGCUCUAUUUUCUUACACUUUCCUUCUUUCUCUUUAUUUCUCUAUUCUGUUCAACGUCUCUUUCUCUUUUGUUUAACUAUUCCCCUCUCUCUCUCUCUUUCUCCCCUCUCCCCCACUUCAUAUAUCUAUUUAGAUUCUCUUUAUUCUUUCCUUUUGUUUUCCUUCCUUAUUUCUUUGUUCUCACUUUAAAUCACGCACACUCUCUCUCUCUCUCCGUGAUACUCUCUUUGUGCCACAAUCCUCUCUCUUUCAGUCUCUCUCUCUCUCUCUCUCUCUCUCUAUCUAUCUAUCUAUCUAUCUAUCUAUCUAUCUAUCUAUCUAUCUCUUCAUCUUUUGACGCUAUUCCUCCCUAUUUUCUCACACCUUUUUCUCUUUCUUUCCCCACUCUAAUUAAAGUCUCUUUCUCUUUGUUUAUCUCUUCACUUCUCUCUCGCACUCUCUCUCACUUCAUAUAUCUAUUUAGAUUCCCUCUCUGUUUUUGUUUCUUUUUUUUAUCAUUCUUUUUUUUUCUAUAUCUUAUUUCUUUCUUCGCUUCCUGUAAAUUUUUCGUCUCUUUUUUUCUCUCCCAUUGCUAUUUCUUCGCCUUAUUUUUUCUUUGCCCUUCUCCGUGUCUUAUGGCAACUAUUUCAGAGAGAAAACUGUGA